AUGGCACCAAAGACAAAGAAGGAAGUUCUUGCCCUUGCCAAAGCAGAAGCCAAAGGAAAAGCUUUGAAGGCCAAGAAGGCAGUACUGAACAGCAUCCAUAGCCACAAAAGAAAGAAGAUCCACACAUCAACCACUUUGCGGCAGUCCAAGACACUAAGGCUCUGGAGGCAACCCAAAUAUCAUAGGAAGAGUGCCAAGAGAAACAAGCUUGACCACUACACCAUCAUCAAAUUCCCCCUGACCAUUGAGUCUGCCAUGAAGAAGAAAGAAGACAACAGUAUAUUUGUGUUCAUUGUGGAUGUCAACAUCAACAAGCACCAGAUCAAACAAGCUGUGAAGAAGUUCUACGACACUGAUGUGGCCAAGGUCAAUACUCUCAUCAGGCCUGAUGGAGAGAAGGCAUAUGUUCAACUCGAUCCUGACUAUGAUGCUUUGGGUGUUGUCAACAAAACUGGGAUCUUCUAA